GCUGCCUCCUCUAAAGCUGAACGUCGUUACCACUUUGUUUAUGAACUGAAGAACUGGACUGAAGCUCUGAGUUACUGCAGAGAUAAAUACACUGACCUGGCCUCUAUAGACGACAUGGAUGAUGUGAACGUCCUCAACGCAGCGGUAGAUACAAGCAAAAUGGUCUACCUCUAUGGCUAUCUAGCCUGGAUCGGGUUGUACGAUGACGUGAACAGCUGGAGGUGGUCAUUGUCAAAUGGAGGUUUCUACAGUGAUGGCCAGACUGAGUUCAGGAACUGGGCAGAUUCACAGCCAAACAAUGAAGGCAGUGGUGAACAUUGUGUAGAGAUAGAUGGCGAUGGAGCAUGGAGCGACGCAGACUGUACCGCACGUUUGUUUCCAAUCUGCUCUGAAGUCGACGGGUCCAAUGUGACUUUUGUCCUCAUCAGCAGUACCAUGACAUGGACUGAGGCCCAGAGCUACUGUAGAACACAUCACACUGACCUGGCCAGUGUGAGAACCAUGACAGAGAACCAGAGGGUGAAGGAACUGCUAUCUCCUGGUAUCUACUGGAUCGGCCUCUUCAGAGACUCCUGGAAGUGGACAGAUGGACGUAGCUCAACAUUUAACUAUUGGAGAGUUGGACAGCCUAAUGGCAAUCAAGAGAACUGUGUAUUUGCAAACUUUGAAAACUCUGGAAAAUGGGACGACUGGACCUGUGAUAAGAAGAUAGCAUUUAUUUGCUACAAUGCUCCAUUUUCAAAGCAUGUGGUGAAAGUGAAGCUGGUGAAAAAGUCCUCUCUGGACCUCAAUGAUCCAGCUGUGAUGGAGCAGAUGCUGCAGCAGAUGAAACAGAAGCUGAAGGACCAGGGAGUGAGUGGAGACGUCAAACUGAGCUGGAGGAAGCAGUCGGAUGGAAAGGUCUUCCACAAAGAAGAGGAGGAAUCAAAGUAGAGGAACUCCAAAACUGAUGAGCUGUAAAUGUUGUCAGGAAGUCUUAUCCUAUGAAAGAUAUGCUUCUCCUUCGUCUUUUUAAAAUGAAAAACAGCUUUGCUGUUGUCUUCAUAUUCAGUCAUUUGUGUGGUUGUGUAGAGUUUAAUAAGUAAUUAUGGUAUACACGUUCAGCCAAGACAUUUAGAUUUAUCUGAUGAUCAUGUCUCCUUUAUUCACCUGUUAAUAACCAUCAUUUAUCCAGUGGUUUGUACUAAUGUGUUCAGAAAUAAAAUAACUUUGUUGUCUCUA